UUUGCGAGCUGGAAAAUGAAACUGAAGUUCUCUUUUGUCGUAAGAAGGAACGCAACCGAGUAGGGAAGGUGUAUCCCACAGCUCCGCAAGCUGGAACGUGCCCAAGAGGCCUGGACCGGCCAAGGGAUUGAGAGACACUCCCAAAGAUGCGCGGCUGCUCCUUUCCAGCCCCCCGGCUGUUACCCUUUUAAAUGUCAGCGUUCGAGGCUGUAGAGGUAGCACGAGGCAUCGAAACAGAACUGUCGGAUUGGCCGCACGCCUCAGUUCUAGACGCACCUCUCCACCGAAAGGCUGUUCUGACUGGCAGGGGAAGAAAGUAAACAGAGUUGAAUCACCCUCCCCACUGGCCAAUUGGAGGGGGUUUGGAUUGUGACGUGAUGGGAUUCUGCGAAAUUGUUACUGAGCGAGAGAAUGCCGGAACGGUGCGGACCGGCAAGAGCAGGGGCUCAGAAGCCGUCAGUGGACUGGGGGAAAAGUGUCUCUUAGACCUGGCGCUUGGUCCGGCCCUUGCCACCCACGUCCGGGUGGUUGGGUGAAUGUCCUGGGGCUUUGGCUCGACUGAAAAGGCAGCCGAGGGCGUGUACCUCUCUUGCAGUUUCCUUUCCCAGCGCCUCGGGGCGUUUUCGGUCGAAUAAACUUGCGACCGCCACGUGUGGCAUCUUUCCAGGGGAGCCGGCUCGGAGCAGACUGCGCGCCCGUCGGGCGGAUUGCGCCCGGCUCUGGGCACCGGAGGCGGCGAGAGGCGGCAGCGCGGCGGAGCCCGGGGCCGUGGAUGCUGCGUGCGGAGGCGCUGCCGGUUACGUAAAGAUGAGGGGCUGAGGUCGCCUCGGCGCUCCUGCGAGUCGGAAGCGCCCCGCGCCCCCGCCCCCUUGGCCGCUGCGCCGCGCCGCGCCGCGCUCGUCGUCCGAGGCCAGGGCACGGCGAGCCGAACCUCCGCAGCCACCGCCAAGUUUGGCCGCGCCUCCGGGGCUGCUGUCGCCCGCACCAUGUCCGCGGCCGCCUACAUGGACUUCGUGGCUGCCCAGUGUUUGGUUUCCAUUUCGAACCGCGCUGCGGUGCCCGAGCAUGGGGGUGCUCCGGACGCCGAGCGGCUGCGACUACCUGAGCGCGAGGUGACCAAGGAGCAUGGUGACCCGGGGGACACCUGGAAGGAUUACUGCACGCUGGUCACCAUCGCCAAGAGCUUGUUGGACCUGAACAAGUACCGACCCAUCCAGACCCCCUCGGUGUGCAGCGACAGCCUGGAGAGUCCAGAUGAGGAUAUGGGAUCCGACAGCGACGUGACCACCGAAUCUGGGUCGAGUCCUUCCCACAGCCCGGAGGAGAGACAGGAUCCUGGCAGCGCGCCCAGCCCGCUCUCCCUCCUCCACCCUGGAGUGGCUGCGAAGGGGAAACACGCCUCCGAAAAGAGGCACAAGUGCCCCUACAGUGGCUGUGGGAAAGUCUAUGGAAAAUCCUCCCAUCUCAAAGCCCAUUACAGAGUGCAUACAGGUGAACGGCCCUUUCCCUGCACGUGGCCAGACUGCCUUAAAAAGUUCUCUCGCUCCGAUGAGCUGACCCGCCACUACCGGACCCACACUGGGGAGAAGCAGUUCCGCUGUCCGCUGUGUGAGAAGCGCUUCAUGAGGAGCGACCACCUGACCAAGCACGCCCGGCGGCACACGGAGUUCCACCCCAGCAUGAUCAAGCGAUCCAAAAAGGCGCUGGCCAACCCUUUGUGAGGUGCUGCCCACCCGAGCCAGGGAGGGACGAACCCGGAAGGACAAACUACUCCCAGCGAACAGACAGACAGGUGGGAACCACGGCCCAGAAGAGGUGCGCUGCCAGCACAGGAAGUCACUGUUCUUUGGUCACUAGUCUAAUUUUCCUCUCCCUGCGUUGUUUUUAAAAAGCACAUUGUAGCCUAAGAUCAAAGUCAACACUUGGUCCCCCUUGCAGAGGCAACUCUGAACCGUCUCUGACUGUUGGAGGGAAGACAAAUGCUUUUUUUUUUCCUCUCUCUCCUUAA